AUGGAUCUGUUCCGGCGAUACCUUUCCCAGUCUACGGAGAUUGGUGAAGAUGCUGGUGCGAACGUCAUUGAGACUCUCGUGGAACGUCUGCAGACGGCGACUCGUGUCGAGGACAGACGCGACUCUAUGCGUGGCAUUAAGGCCCUUUCUAAACGCUACCGUCUUGAGGUCGGAACUCAAGCCAUGCCUGCGUGCAUUGAGGCUCUUUCGCGAGACAGCGAGGAUUCGGAUACUGUUUCGUACGCCCUGGAUGCGCUUUGCAACAUAAUGAAUGACGCGCGAACAGAUAUGGAUCCACAGGAGUUAGUCAACAUUCCACCAGAUCUGGGAAAGCAGUUUACCGAGAUUUUUGUAAAGGACCCCGAGAACGUCCAAUUGGUGCUUUCCUUCCUUUCGUCCUACGACAUGCAUCUUAGAAGGCAGACUAUUCAGCUGUUGAUUCUCAUGCUGCAAAAUAAUCGAAAAGGGGUUCAGGAUUUGCUACUCAAUUCCCCCAUGGCAGUCUCUAAAUUCAUGGCUACACUGUGCGACCCUAUGGAGGUCAUUCGAAAUGACGGCCUCCUGCUUCUGCUCUACUUCACAAAGAACCACGCGACCAUUCAGAAGAUAGUGGCUUUUGAGAACGUGUUCGAGCGUAUUCUCUCUAUUGUGGAGGCAGAGACAGUGGGCGACGGAGGUGUGGUGAUUGAGGACUGCUUCCGUCUGCUUCACCAACUACUCGCGGGCAAUCAGCAAAACCAAGUCCUCUUCAAGGACUGCCGAUUCGUGCAGCGUCUAGCCAAACUGUUUGAACAAAUCCCUCAGGAGCUUGAGGAGUCCUCCACUUGGUCGGCGCAGAAGUUGGUCAAUGUUAGCUGGCUCCUCAAGAUCUUCCGGACUCUGAUGAGCACCAUCAACAAGAGUCAAAGUGUCAAAAGUUGCCAGGAAGAGAUGCGGGCCUGCGGCCUCUUGAACAGUCUCUGGAAGGUGGUUAUGGCAGGCAGAGUGCCGGCGGAACUGCUGACUGAAACUCUCUAUAGUCUGGGUGAAAUAAUACGCGGUUGUCCAACUAAUCAGGAGGCAGUGGUUGCCAUGGUUGCACCCUCCGAGCCACCUCAGCCCGCUAUUACCGUUCUUCUUGUCACCAUGGUCAAUGAGCGUCAACAACUCGCUGUCCGGUUGGCUGUGCUCUAUUGUUUCCAGUGUCUUCUUGCGGACAAUAGCGAGAUCCAGACCACUGUGGUUUCGACUCUCCUACCAAAACAUUCUGAACCUGCAUGCGUGAUGAGUGCGGGGCAAUUGCUAUGCGGUGGUCUCUUCUCGCAGGAUGCCCUCUCAGCCUGGUUCUCGGCUAUCGCACUCUUCCACUCUAUUAACCAUAACCGCGGGUUGAAGGAGAGCCUCCUCCGCGUCCACAUGGCUCCCUCCUCAGGCAGUGGCCCUCCAGUCACUCUCAUGCAUCAAUGCUUUCGUCUCAUCUCCCAGACCGGGCGUGCUCAAGGUAAGAUAGGUCUACUACAGUUCCUCUGUGCCUGGCUCUCACACUGUCCACUGGCAGUGGAGGCCUUCCUUUCUCUUCGUCCUGCCAAUCGCCACUCUCAAUCGACCACAGCCGCACCGAACAAAAAUAACGGCGGCGGCGGUGGCGCUGGUGCCGCUCUCUCGCACCUCAUUGCUGAUGUGCUUGCAGGCGAGGGCGAGGAAAUUGACAUUAUCAGCUGUCUCUCAGCCCUCCUCAUUGGCAUCUGUGUGUGCUACAACAACGGUGCUGUUGAGGGCUACGACAGUGAGUCUCUCAUGAAGACGAUCGACAAACGCAUUGGUGUCGACGAUCUAGUCAAACGCAUCGGCCAGGUCUAUCGCUCGGACGAGUUUGUCCGUGUUAUAAAACGUCCCCUAUUGGAGGCUGCGAAACCAAAUGAUUUGGUUUUCGAUUAUGACUUCACCCGGCUCUUCAAAACUGUUGAGUUCGAGGUAUGCACGCGCCUUUCCCGAUCGAGCGGUCAGACGGAAGAGGGCUCCGGAGUCACCCAGGGUAAUGGCCAGGUGGAGUUGUCGGUGGCGGUAGAGGAGGGAGAGGCGAAGCGAUGGGCUCACCAACAGGAGAUGCUGUUGGCCUAUCAGGGGGCUGUGGCCGAACGCGAUGCCGCUCUGCAGAGCCUCCAACUACGCGUUAUUGAACUUGAGCGUCAACUCUCCUUUGUGCAUCAAAACGGCUAUCCUGCGGAGAAGCAGGAUGAGGCCUCUGCGGUCGCUGCCAAUUCGGACCUGCAAGUGGCAUUGGCCCAAAAAUGUGAAAAACUGGAAGCUGCAGAGAAGCGAAUUUCAGAGCUAGAAGACGCUCUCAAAGUUGCUGACACCGAAAAGGCGACCAUUAAGUCAGAACACGAGGACCUUCUGCUUCUUUUGAGUGAACAGGAUUCCCAGAUAAGCCACUUGACUGCGGAAUUGGCGAAGCUGUCCACUCAGCCACAGCAGACCCCUCAACGACUGGUAGCGUCUUCAGCAGCUCCACAGCCGCUGCAGCAACAGUCACAAGCACCAACUGCGCAGACCAUGGCUUCUCCUCAGCAUUCUGCAGAUGUGUCACGGUAUCCACCAGGUGUUGACCAACAAGCCCACUCCUACGAGUACCUUCCCGACAAACAGCAAACUUUCGGGUAUCAACCUCAGAUAGCUUCCCAGUCGAAGGCACUGCCACCGUUGCUACCACCUAUUCCUUUCUACCACCCUACUGUCCCCACCAGUGGAGAACAAGGUCGCCUCACCUUCGGUCAAUCCUAG